GACGAAGGAGAGCACAUCAGGCAAGGCACACGGUUAGGAAUAAUAUACAUUCUCGCGUAUACCUAUACCAGAGAAAUCUGCUUAAAGCCAUCAACAGCAGCAGCAGCAAUAGCAACAGCAGUCCCCAAACGAGGGACGAUGGUAUCUUCUGUGCUGUGUGUAAUGGCAUUCCAGAACAUCCUUGUUAACUAAACCAGAGAGUGGUUUAACUAAACUUAUAUAGGAGCGGGUACCCAAUAUAACUUAGAUGCUUUCAAAUGAAGCAAGUUGAUAAAUUUUCGUUUCAAAUUCGUUUGUAGUUGUUUUGUGAAAUAAGACUAAAGCCACAAGAAAGUUUAAAUACUAAUUACAACUAUUUCUAAAAAAAAAAAUUAAGUGAGAGUGAUUGUGCAUAAAAAAAAGGAAACAAAAAAAAAAAAACAACAGCGUAACCACCGAUUAAACACCCCAACCAACACAACAAAUCAAUUUUCUCGCAAUUUAACUUUUAUCACCAUCUCUGUAAUUGAAUUUCGCGCUAACCUGCUUACGAGUUUUAUGCUUCACACGCUCCCAGUAUCUACUAUAGGAUGAGUGUGUGGAAAAAUUCAGGACGUGUGUUUUUGUUUUUCGCGGGGUAAAAUCAUAACCAGACAUUUAUAGUUAAAGAGAAAAAAAUCAAACGGAAAUUAGGAUAUAAACGAGCAGGAGUACAAUCAUAAGGACAAUCGAUUUGAUUAUUAAAAAAUAAAAAAAAAAAAAUAAAACAAAACAAAUACAAACAUGCGACGAGCUUCAUUUACUCCAGUUUUUAAUCUAAGCGCACAAGAGCCACUUAUUGUGGUUGAGGAGACUAAUGUAGCCGACGACGAUGAUGCUGAUUCAGCAGAGCAAAGAAAAAAAUCAACCAGCGAUGAUAACAACUCGGACUCGGAUUCGCCGGUCAAUCCGUUUCUCUUGUGUCCCUUUCCGGAUAUGCAACAAAGGCGAAAACAUUCAUUGCCAUCUUUACAAAUAACAGAAGGGAUAACAGCUAGUCAGGUGCGUCGUUUAUCAGAAGCUGGGGGCGAAAACAACACCCUAAGUUGCAAGGAAGUCGAGUUUUUAGCAACAUUGUCACAAAAACAGAAUCCGGCUGCUGGCGGUCGUAGGCAUUCAGUUGUGACAAUUUCAGCUUGUGCUCCCUUGUUUGGUAGAAGCAGAAGGGAGUCCAUUUCCGGAGCACCAAUUUCAUUAAGUCGACGCGGUAGUGGAUUCCAGGGUCCCCCGUUGACAGACCAUCGUGGUAGUAUACAUAACCUUCAGCUGGAUAUCAUGGAUGGCAUUGUGCAGACCCGUAAAACUCGCUCUGGAAGCGGUGUGUGGGCAGCAGUGCCUGAAGCUGAAAGCAAUGUUCCAGUCGAGACGACAUAAGAUUAAACGUGAGGGGAAUCAGCCACCAAAACUAAAAUUAAAUAACAAAAAAAAAAAAAAGAAACAAAAAAAAAAUUUGCAUCAAACAAUCGUUCGGAAUUUAGCGGAUAAGUACUGAAAGGAUUUAAAAUGGAUUAACAUUGUGACGGAAAAUUUUUGAACAUUAUACAUUUUUAUAUAUAAAAAAUAUAUAUAUUUAAGUGUUUAAGGUUAACAAGAUAUAAUUACUUAAAUCAGGAAUUGAUAAAUCAUUUAAAUAACAUUAUAUUAAUAAAAAAAAAAACAAAAACACAAAAAAAAAAAAACAUUAAAAUAUUGACGUCAUUUUUUUAUUGAUAAAAAUACUAUGCAAAACAUUGUAACUACAUUGACUUGAUAUAAAACAAUAAUAAAUAAUAAAUAAUAAAAUAAAAAA